AUACAUUAUGUACUAACUACAGAGCGUUUAAAUUAGCUGUAAAGUAUGAAAGUUAUGAUUAUUUUGUUUAAUUUAGGUGUAAAUUGUACAAAGGCCCUUUAAAACUAGUAUUGAUAAAUAUAGUUAAAAAAAAAUCAUUGCCCAGUUGGUAUGGUCCUAUGACCUCCGCUGGAGCAGCCUGAUACCAGACAGCAAAGCUAACCAACGGCAUCAUGGUGAAUUUUGCAGCGAUGGUACGGGAGCACUGGGUGAACGUCUUGGUCCCACUGGGCUUCGUCAUGGGCAUUUACCUGGACAGGUGGAAUGACCAGAAGCUGACAGCAUUCAGGAACAAGAGUGCAUUGUAUAGCAGGGAACUGAAGCCUGGUGAGGAAUACACCUGGAAGUGAAAUUGUCCUUGUUGUAUUUAUUGGAUUUCCUGCGCUCUCAAUUUCCUCCGACAUCCUCAAAGCUGUAAAUGACUUUUCAAUAACAUUUGUGAUGUAAAAUAUACAAAUAUAAAAAAAAGUGUCUAUUUUC